GUGUUUGCUGCUGGAGGUGGGAGGGCUCAGCUGAUGUCACUGAGUGCAGCAGACUGAGCCUGAAAGAGGCCCUUUGUUGGCAGCUGGAGCACGAGUAGUCCCUGUGCCUCAGAUACACACUCUCACACAGGGGACAAGAGAGAGGAAUGGCAUCGUUCAAACUGCCCUUCUGCGCACUCAACUGACACAUCUACAGGUCUAUAAAGCUUUUGGACCAAACCUACGUUUUUGGAUAAUUGCGGUAUCGUACAGAACUGGAGCUAGCCAAAAACCUGAAAGCAGAAGAGGGAAAAAAAACAUGGGGCCGCUCAGAAGAGAAAGUUGAUAGACUUUGCCGGACAUCAUACUCCGCUUUUUUGGUUUUGGAAAAGAGUGAAGAGAAGAGGAGAAUUUACAGCCACUGCAAGGAUAGAGGAAAAGAACUAUUCAACAACUGUUUUGGUGCUUGUUCUCCUUUUGUCAUUUUAUUUCUUGUGUUGAAAUUUUUCUCGUGUUGGACACAUGUAGAAGGGAAACGUUUCGAGUGGCGUCUGAUUUGAACCAGCGACAACAUUUUCCAGUGGGAAGGGAAAGAAAGCAAAUGAAAAUGUUGGAGAUAUGCCUGAAAUUGGUGGGGUGUAAAUCUAAGAAAGGCCUCUCGUCCUCCUCCAGCUGUUACUUGGAAGAAGCUCUACAGAGACCAGACUUUGAGAGUCAGGGUUUGACAGAAGCGGCCCGCUGGAACUCCAAAGAGAACCUGUUGGCUGGACCCAGCGAGAAUGACCCCAACCUGUUUGUCGCACUCUAUGACUUCGUGGCCAGUGGUGACAACACACUCAGCAUUACUAAAGGGGAGAAGCUGCGUGUGCUGGGUUACAACCACAACGGCGAGUGGUGUGAGGCACAGACCAAGAAUGGCCAGGGUUGGGUGCCGUCCAACUACAUCACCCCUGUCAACAGCCUUGAGAAGCACAGCUGGUACCAUGGACCAGUGUCACGCAAUGCGGCAGAGUACCUGCUCAGCUCAGGCAUCAACGGGAGCUUUCUGGUCCGCGAAAGUGAAAGCAGCCCUGGCCAGAGGUCCAUUUCUCUGCGGUACGAGGGGAGAGUCUACCAUUACAGGAUUAACACUGCAUCUGACGGCAAGAAUCUCGUUUUCCUCCAGCUGUACGUCUCGUCAGAAAGCCGUUUCAACACACUGGCGGAGCUGGUACACCACCAUUCCACGGUGGCCGAUGGCCUCAUCACCACGCUGCACUACCCGGCGCCGAAGCGCAACAAGCCCACCAUCUACGGAGUUUCUCCCAACUAUGACAAGUGGGAGAUGGAGCGCACUGACAUUACCAUGAAGCACAAGCUGGGAGGGGGACAGUAUGGGGAGGUUUACGAGGGUGUUUGGAAGAAGUACAACCUCACCGUGGCUGUCAAGACGCUAAAGGAGGAUACGAUGGAGGUGGAGGAGUUUCUCAAGGAGGCAGCUGUCAUGAAGGAGAUCAAACACCCCAACCUGGUACAACUGUUAGGUGUGUGCACACGGGAGCCACCAUUCUACAUUAUCACAGAGUUCAUGACUCAUGGUAACCUACUAGACUACCUGAGGGAGUGCAACAGAGAGGAGGUCAAUGCAGUGGUGCUGCUCUACAUGGCCACACAGAUCUCUUCUGCCAUGGAGUACCUGGAGAAAAAAAACUUUAUACACAGGGACCUCGCUGCUCGUAACUGUCUGGUUGGGGAAAACCACCUGGUAAAAGUUGCAGACUUCGGCCUAAGCAGGCUAAUGACUGGGGACACCUACACAGCGCAUGCUGGGGCCAAGUUCCCCAUCAAAUGGACUGCACCAGAGAGUCUGGCCUACAACAAAUUCUCUAUUAAGUCUGAUGUCUGGGCAUUUGGCGUGCUGCUGUGGGAGAUUGCCACCUACGGCAUGUCCCCCUACCCAGGCAUUGACCUGUCCCAAGUGUACGAGCUGCUGGAGAAAGACUACCGUAUGGACCGACCAGAGGGUUGCCCCGAGAAGGUCUAUGAGCUCAUGACAGCCUGUUGGAGGUGGAACCCGUCAGACCGUCCAUCUUUUGCUGAAACACACCAAGCUUUUGAGACCAUGUUCCAGGAGUCCAGCAUCUCUGACGAGGUGGAAAAGGAAUUGGGUAAGAAAGGGAAGAAGGCAACAUUAGGCUCCAUCCAGCAAGCUCCAGAGCUGCCCACUAAAACCAGAACUCUCCGCAAAAACAUGGAAAACCGGGAUGGAGAUAGCCCAGACCCAGUGGAGCCAGAGGCAGCUGUGUCUUCACCCAUGCUCCCCAGGAAAGAACGCCCCCCUCUGGACAGUAACCUGAAUGAGGAUGACCGCUUGCUUCCCAAAGACAAGGACAAGACACGUGGCAGUGGCUUUCUGAGCCUCAUCAAGAAAAAGAAAAAGAAUGCACCAGCUCCACCCAAACGCAGCUCCUCUUUCAGAGAGAUGGAUGUCCACCCUGAAAGGAGGGGUGUGAUUCUAGAUCCAAGAGACAGUGACAGCUUCAACAAUGGUGCAUCUUUGGCCGUUAAUGACAUCACACAUGGCCUCGACUCAGCAAAGUUCUUGGGUACUAACAAUAAUGGGGCAGGGGGGAUCACCAAUGGGGCUCCUACCUACCCAGGACCUUUGUUUCCCAGGAAGAAGGGAGCUCCUGCAGUGCCUGGACCUGGAGGAAAAGCAGCUACAACACCACCCAGUGAGGAGGAAUCCAUGUCUAACUCAAAGCGUUUUCUCUGGUCCUCUAGCAUGGCCAGUGGUUCAGAUGGCACUGAAUGGAAGUCUGUCACACUGCCACGAGACCUUGGCCAGCGCCACUUUGACUCAGGCACCUUUGGGGGCAAGCCAGCACUGCCACGCAAGAGAACCAGUGAGCAAAAAGGCGAGAGUGCCCCGCGGUUGGGCACCUUAACUCCCCCACCACGUUUGAACGCCUCAUCCGAUGUUUCCUCUGCCUUCUUAGGCAAAGACACUGAUCCCAGUCCUGGUUCCAGUCCUCAGGCAUUAACACCUAAGGUAGUCAGGAAACCAGGGGUGCCUGGGUUGGACAACUCCAAGACCAGUGCUCUCCACGCUGAGCUUCUCAAGCCCAAUGUGUUUCCUGCUUUGGGGGCAGCAGGAGAAGAAUGCAGGGCUCGCAGACACAAGCACACUGUGGACUCGUCAUCUGUCAGGGAAAGAGGAAAGUUACAGAAACCUAAGCCAGCCCCACCUCCACCACCCACCAAUGCCAAAACGGGCAAGAUUUCCCGCAGUCCUACACAAGAACUCCCCUCCCCCCCGCCUACCCCCUCAGAUAUUAAAGCUAAGGGCCCCCCUUCUGUAUCAGAGCCCCACCACACAACCACUGCCGGUGACCAAGCCCGCUCACCCCUCAGUGAGGGCUCCAAGAAGAUGCCCCUGGGCUCCACCUCCAAACCUCAACCGAUAAAGACCUCCACCUCCUCUACUUUGAUGACCACCUCCCUCUCCAACCAGAGCCUAGGAGGCUUCUCUUCUUCCCUGACCUCUCCUGGCGAUCAGAGCUCGCCCACCGCUUUCAUCCCCUUAGUGAACACACGACGCUCCCUCCGCAAGACUGCACCCCGCCAGGCCGCUGAACGCACCCCCAACUCGGCCGUGACUCGUGAGAUGGUGCUGGAAGGCACAGAGCUUCUUCGCGCAGCCAUUUGCCGCAACUCAGAGCAGACGGGUAGCCACAGCGCUGUGCUGGAGGCUGGCAAGAACCUGUCCAAGUACUGCGUGAGCUACGUCGACUCCAUCCAGCAGAUGAGGAAUAAGUUUGCCUUCCGCGAGGCCAUCAACAAGCUUGAGAACAGCCUCCGUGAGCUGCAAAUUUGUCCUGCCGCCACAGGGGGCGCCAACGCACAGCAGGACUUCAGCAAGCUGCUGUCCUCUGUCAAAGAGAUCAGCGACAUUGUUCAGAGGUAGCAGCAUAAAAUCUUAAACUACCAAGAUAUAUAACUGAUGCAAUGAAAUGAAAUCUAUUGUACACUACCCUUUUUUUUUCUGAGCCGGGGAAUGAACUGUGGUUCAUCCUGAGCUCAUGAUGGAGAUCUGAGGGUAAAGUCUGUGGAAUAGCAGCACCAAUGUAUAGGUUUCACACUACAGUACACUCUGAAACACUUAAGCCUGUGGUUAUUGUGGAUGGAAUCAAAGGUUUGCAAUAUUGAAAAGCCUUAACCAUUAAUGAACACUGUCUUUUGGCCUUAAUGAGAGGCUAGGGACAAAUUCUUUAACAGCAUGACUUUUCACCAAUCACUUUUGAAAUGAUCAUGUCUUACAUAUCCUUGUUGUGUUUUCCCCUUUAUCAAUGACACUAGUAGAAAAAAAAAUCUGUGAUAUUACGUUUCUAUCACGGUUAGAGUGGUUGAUUUAUUUUUUUUUUCCCAUCAAUGCAGACGACAAUGAGCAAAAAUAAAAAUGGCUAACUCCAGCUUGUUCCACGAUGUCUUCUAACACUUUAACGACUGAUUUUCAUAUUGUAAGAAAUAGAGAGCGUCUGAAAUCACAGUAUUUAUAACCUGAUACACAUUGCAACAUUUUCCAUUUCUUUGUACCGUGUUGUUGGUAAUUGGUUGUGUGCUGAGUGUUGAAAAUGUGUCAAUGUUUGUUAUGUAUGAAUGCAUUUUGCAGUAUUUGCAACCAUGUGCCAUAAGAUAAUAAUGGGAGCAAGCAAAUGAGGCAGAAUAAGUCUGUGGCCUUCAUCUUGUUGCCUCACUGCACACUUAGUGCCUUAAACACUAUUGGCAGAUCUGAUUAAGACCUGCCACUUUACAAAUGCAGAAAUGUGGUUAGGGAUAGCUGCAUUGAGUUGUUAUUGGAUUUAAAUGUUUGCCAUACCAAAAAUCUUUGUCUCCAGUCUGUACUGGAGAGGGACCAGGGUGCACGAUCUGCAGCUCAGUGGAUCAGACUGUUGUUUUAUGUUGUCCUUAGAGUGGACUUUUUUUUUUUUUUUUUUAAAAAAGAAAUAUAUAUGUUUAAUUCAACUUUCUGUAGAUGCCAGUCACAAAAGCCAUCAGUAGCAGCUCAGCCUUGCAGCAGCAUGCUGUUUCAUCUGUAAAGAGGACUCACAGACUGAAACAGUUAUUCUCCGACCACUGCAGGGCCUCUUUGCCUGAAAGAAUUCAUUUUGAUUGAGGGUUUGUGUCACAUGGUCUAAAUGCUGUCUCAGAGGCCUCUCUACCCCAGUUAAAAAUUAUCUCCUGGGGGAAACACUGGACUGAAAUGUUUAUGGAUUUGUCGCUUGCUGUCUUACAAAAUAAUGUAUGAAUGAGAAGCUGACCAUUAUAGACUAAAAGCACCCAUGAAAUUCCACUCUUGACAUCAUAAGUUCCUUUAUGCUCUUGGACAUUUUCAGUAUUUGUGCUGUAGGCGUAUCACCCCAUGUGCCCUGUCUGACUGCGAUGCCUGAGGACACAAGUCAACCACAAGCUGCCUUGACUUCAACAUGGUACUGCCAAUGUUGGCUUUGUUUUUUAACUAUUCCUCCCCUUUAUCAACCAUGCCACUACUCUACUUUUGUCUCUAAGCCUCCUCACCAAUUUUGUAGACAAACUUUGCUUUCCUUUGUAAAUAUGUUUUCUUUUUGUUUCUUCCUCUAGCCUUGGUGCAAUUUUUGUUGCAAUAAAAUACAAAGCAGUUGUGCUACUUGAAAUACA